UGUCCUGGACCUAGAGGUGUCAAAAUGGAUAGAAACCAGUGGAUUGACCAAAACCAAACCAAUCCAUAAUCCUAACGGAUUAAUUAUUUGGAUGUUAAUAUGGAUAAAUGGUUUUUAUGGGUUAGUGGGUUUAGUGAGUUGGAUGAAUAUUGGUUUGGAUCAAAAUGGGUUUAUGGGUUACCCAAUCCAACCCAAUUUUUUUCACGUCAUCUCUUCUCUUCUUCUUCCUCUCUCUUUUUUUUGUCUCACGAAACUUAUUUUUUUUUCCCGAUCUCCCGAGACCUCGAGACCUUCAUCAUCAUCAAUCACGACCUCGAGACCUUCAUCAUCAAUCACGACUUAUCGAUCACAACCUUCAUCAUCACUCACGACUUGACAUCGAUUACCCCUUCAUCAUCAAACACAGCAACUCUGUUUUUCUCUCUUGCAAUUUCUGGGUUUCUCUCUUACCAUAUCCGCCUUUACGACACCGAUCCAGACCUCUCCAAAGAGCUCCUCGCGAUCGGAUCCUCUAACAACAACUGCAAACUCGUUAGCUCUAAAGGGAAGAGUACGUAUCCAAGUGAUAGCGUUUUGGGUUCAUCUCGUCUCAGGCUUCUCAAGCUUUGUAUUUGAAUUCUUUACAAGCAACCAGUCUUUGUGAAUACAGACAAACCAACUGAGCCAGUGGACAUCACAGUAUAGCAUGAGUAUCAACUUUGCUAAGGACCGUUUGUUUUUGCUUAUUUCAACGAGGUGGAUAUGCUUGUAUUUAUUUCAAAACUUGCAGUACUAUUAAGAAGUGUUUUGGAUUAUGUUGAAGACUUGCAGUACUAUUAAUAAGUGUUUUGAAUUUUGAAUUUUGGAGUUUGAAUUAUUGUAUUAAAUAUGUUGUGUUAAAUAUUUUGAUGAGUUAAAUUAUAUAA